AUGCGUUAUUUCAAUUGUGCAGGUCUUCUUAGCCUGCUCGCGCUCGAACCUGCGAACAGCGCUGCUAUCCUACAAAAUGUAGUUGCCAAUGAAGGAAAGGUAUUAGGGCAGUGGUCAUUUUUCGAGUAUUACUAUGAUGGACACGCACCGGAGGGAGUUGAAGAGGUUAUCCAUGGAAAGAAUCGUAAUGUGUAUCCGGGGGAUAUCAUCGAGAGUGGGUUUGUCUCGAUGGAUUCUUCUGCAAUGUGGGUAGGCACCGUGAAUCCCCAUCACUGGACUGUGAAUUGGAUUGUGAAAAGAGGUGCGGAGGGUAUUGUGAAUAGAGAGGAGGAUUUCGCUGGGAAUGCUACGAUGGACUUUUCGCUUUAUCCCGAUAUGGGAGAUUUCACACAAGCCAUCCUAGCAACCGAACUCAACCGUGCCGCCAAGUGGGACAUGGGCCCUGUAGUCUGGAGCGACAUUUUCGUUGAAGUCCAUGGCACGGCUACCGAUUGGUGUAGUAUUGAUAAAUUGGUUCUUUCGGAUGUGUCGAUUAGUGAUGUGGGUCCUGGGAGUGUCUUUCUGUCGAGAGAGCACUUGGGGGAGAUAUCGAAAGCUAUCAGUGUUAAGGUUCCAGAACGGGAGAUAAAGGGCUUCGAUGAUAGUCCGGAAGUUUGCAGCAUGCUUGCUCAGCUCAGUGCCGUUGCUACAUUUGCCAACGAGGCAUGA